AUGGCUGAGAAGCGAGCAGUAUGUAUUCCGACAUCAAAUAAGCCCAACCACAAAGUCAUGGGGACCGAAGUCGUCCACGCCUACCGGCACUUGUACCGCUGCCUGCUGCGCGCGGUGCAGUACUCGUCCCCGGCGCGGUACAUUGCGCGCGACCAGCUGCGGGCCGCGUUUAGGGAGACGCCGGCGCUGGACGCGGAGGGCGUGAAGCGCACCAUCUGGUUCCUCGAGGCGGCGGGCAAGGAGAGAGGGCUGGAGCAUGCGAUUUUGAAGAAUCUGCUGCGGGUGAGGGGCCAGAGGGACGCGGAGUCGAGGAGUUGGAAGAAGAAUUUGAUUGGCACGGCGCAGAGGACCAUGGGGCUUUGUCUGCGAUGA